ACGAAGAUGGCGAAGGCGCCGUCGGCUUGUGCAGUUAGUGUGUAGUGAAUGAAAUCUUCAGCUGCAUUACCAUGGAUGGCGAUCACGCGGGCUACGUUAGCUUACCGACAACCGUGGACGUUGACCAUUCAGGUUACGUUACCUUGACGCCCCCUGUCAUGGAAGUUGGGGCAAAAUUUUCUUCGCUGGAAGACCUUAGCGCUGCACUCAGGCUGUACGAGGAGACUCACUUCACACAGUUUUGGAGGAGCUCUUCACGGACGAUCCUGGGUGCAAGGAAAAAAGGCUUGAAAAGGCCCAUCAAAGAAGAGCUGGUCUACUCAGAAAUAAUCUUCAGCUGUGCAAAUGGUGGCCGAAAGUACACAUCCAAAUCCACAGGGGCACGUCCUAACCAGAGGACAUUCAAGAUUGGCUGCACGGCGAGGAUAAAGGUAGUAGCUUCUGCAGAUGGCAACUUCCUGGAAGUAAAGCUUCUUGAUGAUGUCCAUAACCAUCCUGUCAGCGAGGCCUGUUUCCGGCAGCUACCAAAGCAACGACGACUGGCAGCUGAUGACCUACUUGAAGCAAAGAAGCUUCUCACGUUUGGGUCAGAUGAUGAAGCCAUUCAAAAUUUUCUCGUCAGCACAGGCAAGGUGGUGCUGCUGCGUGAUCUGCGAAAUGUGGGCUUCUGUGGCAGCUCUCAGUCAAAUCACCGGCAAGGCCAUGCGGAGGACUGUCAGCGUCAGGGUAAUGCCUUGGAUGCCUUGGUGCUUGAAGUCCAAGGUGAAGGUGGUGCUCUCGACGUUCUUGCCACAGAGGAAAAUGCAUUGGUGGGCGUAUUCUACCAAGACCGCUUUAUGCGUGAAGCCUACCAAAACUACCCGGAGGUUGUCUUUGUGGAUGUUGUAUACAAGACUCAGGGCAAAGGUCCAUUGUUAAUCCUGGCUGUGGAGGACUCCAAUGGGGAAACUGAGGUCGUGGGUUUGGCCUUGUGUGCUGCCUCUGACAAUAUCACCAUACGGCUGGUGUUAGAGCGCUUUGUGCUCCACGUGGGUGCUGAUGCAAUUGACCGGACACUGACACUCAUGACUGACCGAGAAAUGGUUGAGCGGGGAAUGCUUCGCGACAUGUUCCCCAAUGCUACCGAAGUCAUCUGCAUGUACCAGGUGCUCCGUGCCUUUAAGCGCCACAUGACGGCUGAGAAGAUGGCCUUAAGCCGGGAGGAGAAAGUCAAUGUGAUAGAGAUCCUGCAGCGCAUGUGCCAUGCUCGAGACGACGAAGCCUAUAACGAGCUUUUCCAGAGACUCGAGGAAGCUUGCUCAGCCAGUGUGCUGGCAUACUUUGUGGGCCGCUGGCAUGAGAUCCGGUCCCAGUGGGUGCAGGGGCUGCAUGAAGUUCCUACAUUAGGAAAUCGUACAAACAAGCGUCUUGAAUCAAUCAACCUGAAGGUGGCGCACAUUGUGAGCAAGCACGAAGUUCUGGACCAGCUAUUUCAUGCACUCAAAUGCUUCGCAACACGCCUGAGGAUUGAACGUGACCAGCGAGCCAUGCAAACUAUCCUCAAGAUCGCAGCACCACCCAACAUGACAGAGGACGAGCACAAGUACAUGGCUUUCCUUACACCAUAUGCCUUCAAGCGAGUGUCACAGCAGAUGCAAGCUGCUCAUGCCAUGGUGGAACCUGACGAGACCUAUGUGAGCACAAUCAGUUCAUGCAACUGCUGGGAUGCCACAUCCUACAUGCUGCCCUGCCGGCAUAUCUUUUUCGAGAGGCUUCGCACCGGCUUCCCUCUCUACUUUGAAGAAGGUGCUGCACAGCGCUGGACACGCGAGUACUACAAAAGUGCCUGCCGCCUUUUUGCAUCGGAGCCCAAGGCGCAGCAGCAGUGGAGUGCAGAUGAUAGUGGUGAGGAAGAGUCUGAAGACAGUCCCGCAGCUAAGAGUUCUCCUUUUGAGAAGCGGAAAGUCACAGAAACUGGGCUGCUUGUUCAGCAGCUGGCAGCAUGUAUGCUGCAGCUGCCUCCUGGCCACUAUGAGCGCGCAGUGGCACUUGUGAGAGACCUCAAAAGUGCCAUGGAGGAAGGCAAGGAAGUGUGCCUUGUGCGGAUAGAGUCUAACAUGGAAGUGCAGUGACAACACGGUAUGCGUUGUGCUUUUUGACUGCCAGCAGGCAUGACCGAGUCUUUGUAGGCUACACGGAAUGUGUGUGUGACGCACUUUGCAUUACAGUGGAACAUCACAGUUAUGGCUCCUUGGCUGUGCAGUUAUCAGUUCAAUCUGGCUUCCACAGGUGAAUUUUGUGGUGUGCACUGCCACUAUGGUGUAUGGGUAACUUGAGCUUAGUAGCAAGUGCAGCAAAGGGCACAUGCAUCUGGUGUUUGUUUCUGUCUUGUAGCAUAAUUAAUUUGGUUACUCAGUAAGACUUUUUUGUUACGUUGCAGCAAAACUUGCAUUGUGUAAUUAUGAAUGAGACACCAGUACAUCUGGCUUUUGCCAUUUUUAUUGGACAGAGGAAGUUGUUGCAGAUACUUUCCCCAAGACCUGGUCUGUUAGUCCAAAGCGCAGUUUUCUAUGCCAAGGAAUCUACAGGUUCUUGAAAUACAAGCUGCUGGUGUUUGUGUAAGAGUGCAAGUACCAUUGUCAGCAGCUCAGGCUCCACUGACAAGCUUUCAGUCAAAGAUCAUUGCGUUAAAGUCUGUAAGAUAGCAUAUCUGACCAAAACUUUCUGAAGGUGAUGUGGAAUAGACAGUGAGUGGACAAUGUGUUCAAUUUUGUGUAAAACAUAGUGUGUUUGAAGCUGUGUAUGAAUGCCUUUGACCAGUGUACAGCCUAAUACCUUUCCAAGUUGAUUUUAGUUGUGUAAUAGUUAAAGCAACGAGGCUUUUCCCAAAGGGUGUAAAUAUAAUUAACCUUUGAAAAA